AUGCAAAAGAGGUCCUCCGAGCAAAUUCCAAUCCAUCUACCAACCGCAUCUACCAAUACUGUCAAAUCCGUCCAUCCCAGCAGCACAUCCACCGCAGCAAGCAGCAAACCCCCAAGUAAGCAACGACACCAUCUUCGUAGUAAACCCUUUCGGGACGCCGACUACCAGAACCAGCGUAGCAUGAUACCCAAAACAAAAGUGCAAGUCCUCUCUAACGGAUCAGAACGAAGAGGCGGUGCAACACCAACAAGAUCCGAAGACCCCAAAGGCACUGUCCUACCCAGCCGCCCAGUCACCGCUGACUCACAAGAAGAGCAAUCAGAAAUCGCAAAGAAACUCGGCGAAUCACCCGAAGGCGACUCUAUGAGCAACUCUGGAAAUCAACAUGAACUUCAUCUGAGAAACCUCAGUCCCAGCACAGAGAAAAUCCCAUCAAGGAACCCGAAGGAACCCGUCAGAUAUCUCUACCGCCCCAGUCAAGAUCUCGUUGAGAAGUUCGCCACCCGAAGGCGACUCGGCGAACAACUCGUUGAGCCCACAGGAAACCUCAUCUACACUUUCGUCGCACAGAAGACCGAACAACAGGUCAAAACGCAAGUUCACCAUCCCCGGCUCAGCAUCACCAAAGUGACCGAACAACGGAUCAUAGGAUCUCUCUCAAGCCUAGGACCAGCAUCUCCUCCCAUCAGCCGACAACCUCAAGAGGAACCUAUCAGAGUCCCCCGAAGGAGUCUCAACAAGGCCCUCAAACGAGAUCGCCAACUUCUGAAAUUCGAGGCCAAUCUUCGGACAUGGAAGUUACCCGCAAGAAUCUUCCACCAAACAACACCUCCCCACAAGCAGUACCCCUCCUUGGGCAUCGCUGCCGCAGUUCAGCACCGAAAGGUAGGUCGGAACGAAACAAGACGAAGAAACGGCUACUCCGGUACGACACAGGUCGUUCACCAUCAAUGCAGUAACGAAUCCCGCGCCGGAAAAACUUACGAAUUGAAACUUAACCUCUAG